UUGAUGAGGUGUCGAAUACAAGCAUGGUGGGUUUUCUAUUCUUUUUACUUUUACGAACAGACCGCUUUAUUCUUGAUCCAUUAUUGAAGCGAUGAAGCUAAUUAAUCAUCUUUCAGUUUAAAAUGCUGGUUUCAUGUUCAAUAAAUAUCAAAGAAACUAAGACAACAGACCAGACCAACAAGUUUCAAAAAGAAACAAGGGAGUUGAGUUAACUGUAAAAAGAUGAGUCAGUCUUCUCAAGGGUCGCCUUUCAUGGAUGCUAAUCAAAGGAACCAGGUUGACGAUUACAGCGACGGACGACUGGGCAGUGACAACACCGGCAAGAGCCGGCAACAACAUCAUCAGGAAAGUUGUCAGAGUUCUGAUCAUCUUCAACAAAAACUUCGUCCUAAGGAAAGUAAUCAGAGUUCUGAACAUCUUCAACAAAAACAUUGUCCUAAGGAAAGUUAUCAGAGUUCUGAUCACCUCCUGCAACAACGUUGGGCUCCUCGGGAAAGUUAUCAGGGUUCUGAUGAUCUUCAACAACAGCAACAGCCUCGGAAAAGUUAUCAGAGUUCCGAUCAUCUUCAACAACAGCCUCAGGCUCCACGGGGAAAUUAUCAGAGUUCUUAUCAUCUUCAACAACAGCAUCAGCCUCCAAAAAGUUCUCUGAGUUCUGAUCAUCUUCAACAACAGCACACGCCUCGAGAAACUUAUCAGAGUUCUUUUCAUCUUCAACAACAGCAUCAGCCUCCGAAAAGUUAUCAGAGCUUCAAUCAUCUUAAACAAAAGCAGCCUACAGUUACAGAUACACCUUCAGAAGCAUAUGCAGUAAACGAUGAUUCGUCUUUGAUUAACAAAGUUGCUUCAGAUCACUCGGCUUCUGUUACUGGUCAUUCAAGAGAUGCUCAGCCUAGUGGUUAUCAGAGUUCCCAUUCUCAAACACCUCGGGUUGAGGCUCAUUUGACACAUGAACAGAAUCCCAAUAAUUAUAAUCAUCGUCGUCUUCUACUGUAUCAUGAAGAGCGUGAUAAUUCAACUGAAGCAUGGGGCGAAAAUGUUCCUGUAAGGAAAGCUUCAAAUAAACCAAAGUCAUCUUGUUGCCAGUGAUAGAACACUUGUAUUGUCUUCAGAUGCAAGGUAAAAAGAGGGAAAAGAAAAAGAAAAUUGUACUUGUGUACUAAUAUGUAUGUAUGUUAAUUUUUAUGUAUAAUAAGGCUGAAGAUACUUAAUAAGUUAUCUUGAGAGCAUGUAAGUUGCAUUGGGAGAGCAUCAAAUCUACUUCAGAAACCAAUGGACUAGUGUGGUUUUAAGUGCAA